CUGGUUGAAAACAAUCCCAUUUACUUUUGCCAUCUUUGUUUACUAUUUUCCACCAGCUUGUGAAGUAGUAUUUGUGUCAUGUGACGUGUACGUACAUGAGUCGUAGAAAAGUCUAUGACGAAAGCAAGUCGAUUUAUACUGUGAUCACUCACACCACUCAUGUAAGAUUCAUCUUACGAAUACCAAAGUGCCAUCUUUGCCAGACCUGUAUAUACGACAUUGAUGGGAUACAACAUGCCAGAGCGAGACACCAUGUUUCGGACCGUGAAUACAUGGAGACACGAGUGCAACGGGUGGAUUAUGUGUUAAUAUUCAAGAUUUUAAGUACGUCAUCUAAACUUGUUUAUACCGUAUUUUAUUUACAUUAAGGCAUUUAAGCGUGUCACUGAAUUUACCCAAAUGCCGUUUCUUGAUUCGCUUCGCCGGUUUGAUGCCUAUCCGAAAAUUGAUAAUGAGUUCAGUAUAAGAACGGUAGGAGGAGCAGCAUUAACAAUUGUUAGCGGUUCUAUCAUUAUUCUGUUAAUUUAUUCGGAGCUCAUGGCAUAUUUAACACCCACUAUUGUGGAUCAAUUGUUUGUGGAUGGAACGCGAGGGCAGAAAUUGAAAAUUAAUCUCGAUUUUUACAUUCCCAGAAUUUCGUGUGAUUAUGUUUCACUGGAUGCUCAAGAUACAACUGGGGAGCAACAUUUGCACAUUGAUCAUAAUAUAUACAAAAGAAGACUGGACCUAAAUGGCGAGCCAAUAGAAGAAGCAAAAAAGGAAAACAUUCAAACUCCGAACAAAAGAAGUAAGGAAUUUGCAACACCCGUCCCGGAUAAGACGUGUGGUUCUUGUUAUGGGGCUCAGACAAAUAGUACUCCCUGUUGCGAAACGUGCCAGGAUGUGAUAGAUGCGUACCGAAAAAAACAAUGGAAUCCUGUUUUAGAUGAUUUUACGCAAUGUCAGAAUGAAGUAGCACUCGGAAAGGUUAGCCUUGAGGCAAAAGCUUUUACUGAAGGAUGCCAAAUUUACGGGUCCAUGGAAGUCAACAGAGUUGGUGGAAGUUUCCACAUUGCACCAGGUAAAAGUUUCUCUAUCAGCCACAUACACGUACACGACGUGCAACCGUUUUCUUCGAGCAAAUUCAACACUUCUCACCGUAUUAACACACUUUCAUUCGGAGAAGAAUUUGGUUUCGGUCAAACAAAUCCUUUGGAUUCUACAGAGGAGAUUGCAGAAGAAGGUGCAAUGAUGUUUCAGUACUACAUCAAGAUCGUUCCAACCGAAUUCAUUCCGUUAGAUGGACCAAAAUUGCACACGAAUCAAUUUUCUGUCACAAAGCAUCAGAAAAGUGUAUCGGUAAUGAGCGGAGAGUCUGGUAUGCCAGGGAUUUUUGUUAAUUACGAACUUUCGCCGCUGAUGGUGAGAUUUACAGAACAGAGAAGCUCCUUUAGUCACUUUGCUACAAAUUUGUGCGCAAUUAUUGGUGGAAUAUUUACCGUCGCUGGAAUUAUUGAUUCUUUGCUGUUUACUUCAAUUCAUGCGUUAAAACGUAAAAUCGAACUGGGAAAAAUCAGUUAGUUCAGAAAAUAAAAAAAUCUUUGGGAACCAUUUAAA